CAAAAGCCCUAGAGAGACGGGACAAACACGCGCACACAAACGCUGUAUUCUGUCUGUCAAUCAAAUCUUCAUAUCAUCUCUCUCUGUUUUAUGAUUUUGGGACCUCCUCAAGAUUCCAUCCAUUUCCACUCCCUAACCUUCUGUUUUUUGGGAAAAUCUUUAUAUCUUUCCGGGCAAGCGUGAGCAGAAAAGAAAGUACUUUGAAGAGCAGAGUUGUUUUCCCCCAAUUCUUGCCACUUUUUGUGCUUUUGAGAUUUUUCGAGUUCAUGGGCACAUGACUAUUUUUUAGUGGACUGAAGAGAUAUCAGAUUUGAAAUGGAGGGUCAUAUAUUUUCAGGAGUGGGAAACGGUAUUCAAGUAGAUAGCAAAUAUGUGCAGACAUUUCAAAAGAAUUUUGUGCAGGUCCAAGAUAUAUUAGAUCAGAACAGGUUGCUAAUCAACGAGAUCAACCAAAACCACGAAUCGAAGAUUCCUGAUAACUUGAGCCGGAAUGUAGGUUUGAUUAGAGAACUGAACAAUAACAUAAGAAGGGUGUUAGAUAUCUAUGCUGAUCUCUCAGGCUCAUGUGCAAGAUCAAUUGAAGCUUCAUCAGAAGCGGAGUCAAGUGGAACUUUGAGAUCUGACGGAAAAGCCAAUCAGAAGAGAGUUAGAUCUGGGUACUGAUCUUGGUAUAGAUUCUGCACUACUUCCCUUCCUUUUUCUUUCUUUUCUUUUUUUUAAGCACCUUAGUAAAAGGAGUGUAAUAAAAGAAGUAUUCUCAUAGCAAAGGAAAGAGAUUUGAUAAGACCAUACGAACUCUUUUGCACGACUGAUACAUUUUUUAGGCCUUAUUCAGCAUGCCCAUUAUAAGAACAAUUUGACAAAUUUACAAUUAUAUUUUGCAUA